AUGGGUCCGGAGGAGAGGGCGUAUCAUGAGGGCUUCAUGCGCGAGGCCAUCGCCAUGGCCGAACUUGCACUCAAGAGUGACGAGACUCCUGUUGGCUGUGUCUUUGUCAAGGAUGGCCAGGUCAUUGGCCGAGGCAUGAACGAGACCAAUCGUACUCUCAAUGGCACCAGGCACGCCGAGUUCGUGGCCAUUGCUGGUAUCCUGUCCGAGUAUCCCAUCACUGUUCUCAACGAGACAGAUCUCUAUGUAACUGUUGAGCCAUGCGUCAUGUGCGCGUCAAUGCUCCGUCAGUAUGGCAUUCGAGCAGUCUACUUUGGGUGCUGGAAUGAGCGCUUUGGUGGGACAGGAGGGGUGCUCAAGAUCCAUUCUGAUCCCAGCGUCGACAAGCCAUAUCCCGUCACCGGUGGCAUCUUUCGAGAGGAGGCAAUCAUGCUGCUGCGGAAGUUCUACGUCCAAGAAAACGAAAAGGCUCCCGAGCCCAAGCAGAAGAAGACGAGAGAGUUGAAGACCGAGAUCCUGCCCAUGGAUGUCCACCAGCCAAAGUCGACCCCCUCAGCUGCUAUCCGCGCGCCCGGCCAUCCUGCUUCCACCGGAUCCAUUCCCACUCUUACUUCCUUGGUCAAGACGGCUGUCCCUGCGCCAGCCGAGUCCCGUCCAGCAUCAGCUUCCACGGCUUUUACCUGA